GUCAAGUGUGGUCACAUAUGUGGACGUUUCAGUUAUCCUGGUAUUAUGGAGGCUGCCUACGGCAAAUACGGCUACUACCUAUUGUCCUUGCUGCAAUUUAUGUAUCCAUUCCUAGCCAUGAUUUCCUACAAUGUUGUGGUUGGUGAUACUAUGUCUAAGGUGUUGGUACGCCUAAUACCAUCGUGGGGCUCUUCAAUGGGUGCUGUACGCCUGGGUGUGGUUUUCUUUGUAACGGUGGGCAUUGUGGUGCCGUUGUGCCUCUACAAGAACGUUUCCCGCCUGGCAAGAGCAAGUUUUAUUAGCUUGGCCUGUGUGGUUUUUAUACUCUUCGCUGUGAUUAUCAAACUUAUUUCCGGUGAUUAUAAAGUCACGGAUACUGCGGAAUCGUGGAGAUUUGCAAAUUCUGAUGUCAUUCCAGCAACCGGUAUUAUGGUCUUUGCAUUCAUGUGUCACCACAAUACAUUUCUGGUAUAUCAAUCAAUGCGUGAAGCCACCAUGGAGCGCUGGGAAAAGGUAACCCAUAUAUCAAUUGGUUUUGCCUGGACAGUGGCAGCUCUCUUUGGAAUUGCUGGCUAUUCAACAUUUAGGGCUUUAUCGCAAG